AUGACGCAACUCAGGUCGUCGCUUCAGCAUGGUACGUUGCGAACUAUAUGCAGCCUGAUGUCCGAGGCCACCGUGCACGAUGGCGGAUCAUUUGCAUGGUUGGUGAGCGAUUCAUUGGCGACCAUACGUCCUCGGGGUGUUGAUCGUGUCCAAGGUAUCUCUUCCGAGUGUCUCUUCAGAUCCCUGGCAGAAUCGAUUGGCAGCAUGUAUCGCGCGAAGGUGUCUGGGCCAGAUAAUCGCGCCUGGGGCCUUGCAGACGAAGUCAGUCAGUGUCUCGAUGGCGCGGUCGUGGAGCCGUCUGGACUCCUCGGCCUCAAUUUGUUACCUCCAGUUGGUCGGACUGCCACGUUGGAUCUUUCUGUGCAUUCCAGUUGUCGGCUCACUGUGCGUCAAGUUCUUCCCGCGAUUGAGCGGCGAUUCCGUCGAGCAGGCAAGGCACAGGAUGAAUGUGCGUGUAUCGUCGCACCUGGUAGCGAGCAGGCGCUUCGAAUCCACAUUUCUGGUGAGCCAGACGUGAGCGCGCGCCGAAGUCUCACAGCUUGGUUGCAGAAGCACCCCGAGCUGGCGCCCGUCUGUUUCGUGCUGGCAGCUUGGUCCAAUACGCAGGGCGAUGGUUGGCCAUUGGCGGCUAUGGACGUGUGCACCUUGUUCGUUCGCCAUCGUCAGUUUUUGCUUGGAGCUGUCGCGGAGGGCCGAAGUGCGCAGGACGACAGCGAGUUCGAUCAGGCCGACCCGUUCGUGUGGUACACCGAGUGGACCCCGGCGGCCCUGUCGCAGCUGUUUGUUUCGCAGCAAACCGCAGCGGCGGGACGGGCUCCUUGCACGUGCCCGGGCGAGGCGCUCUACAGCUUCUUCGAUUGGGCACUGAGCGCGACCAGGGACAAGUCGCUAGUCGUGCGGCGCUUCCCUCCCGCGCCCGACUUGGAGUUGACGCGUGGCAGCCCAGGCAUGCAGUCGUUGCGAGCGGCGCUGCUGCGUGCAUACCAGCAGAUUUGCCUGGACCGACACGUUGCUGCCCUGGUGGAAGGCGCGGCCUCGCCCGACAUGCGCUCGCAGAUCUUCAGCAUCCGUGAUGUGGUAGAUGGGGUGUCGUGCUCCCGAGUCGAGCAGCAGCUGAAGGCGUUGGGUCGAGGGGAGGUGAUCCGCACAUGGCUUGACAGGUCAACGGCUCGCCUUGUCAUUAAGGUCGAGGUUCGCGGCAGCCGAGCUGACCUCGAUAGGAUCAGCGUCUUGAUAUGCGAGCUACGGAGGCGAUUUCGCGACAACACGCGGUUGCGCCUGCUCAGCCAUUGGCAGGGCAAGUUUUUGGUUGAUGAGAGCAAGCCUAAAAUCCUUGACGCUGUGAAGCACAACCAGGUCACUAUCCUGAGCGCCAGCACAGGCUCUGGAAAGUCGACCGGCGUUCCCAGGAUGAUGUUGGAAGACGACGACAUCUGUGGCCCAAAACGCAUCAUUGUCUCGCAGCCUCGCCGCAUCGGCGCAAUGAGCUUGGCCAGGCGCGUGGCAGAGCUCUGCGGCACAGAACUUGGUCAUGAGGUUGGGUACCGCAUCGGGGGCGUAGCGGAGGUCAGCCGGUCGUCUCGGUUGGUGUAUGAGACAACUGCAAUCGCCAUGCAGCAAUUUUUGCAGGGUGCAGGCGGCAUUUCUUGCACGCACUUAAUAGUGGACGAGGUCCACAAUCGUUCCGUGUUCGAUGACGUCCUUCUGGCAGUGUUGAAGCAUGACGUACUCAAGCGUGACAAACAUUUGAAGGUUAUACUCAUGUCAGCCAAAACAGACUGCACCAAAUUGAAGAACUACUUCAAUGACGGCACCGAUGGGAUCAAUGGGCGUGCUUGGAUCGUGACGAUCGAGGGGGCGACACACCCCAUCGACAUACGGUACAUAAAUGAGAUCCCAUCAUUCAACCACUGCACGGGCGUCGAUCCUGCCUCAAUGGCUAACUUCAUCUGGCACCUCCAUGAGACAAACAGCAGGAGGUCAAAGUUCUUGGUGUUCUUGCCAGGUCGAGGGGACAUCAACAACCUGUCCACGGAGCUGCUCGAGAAGCAAGACGAACUUAACAGGCACGAGCUAGACGUGAAGGCCUUGUACGCGGGCAUCGCGGUGGAGAAGCAGCAACAGAUUCUGCAGUCAUUUGAGGGCGGCCGUUUGCGCGCGGUGAUCCUUGCUACUGACAUUGUGGAAUCGACUGUGACAAUUCCCGAUGUUGAUGUGGUUAUCGACACCUGCACCCACAAGCGCAAGAAAUUCAACGAGGCGAUGCAAGAGUACCAGCUGCAGGAAGUGCCGAUCGCCCAGGACGAAGCGCUGCAGCGAGCCGGUCGCACUGGGCGGCUGGGGCCCGGAACGGUAUACCGCUUGAUCCCCGAGGAAGCUUUCUUGCGCUUGCCAGCGCACGCCACAGCACAGAUGGAAAGCGCCAGCGUUUCUGAGUUGUUAUUGUUGCUGGCAGGGUCUCCGGUCGUGAAAGACCCGCGCCAGUUUCUGCAAGACUGCGUGUUGUCGCCCCCGAACAGGGAUCGUGUGGAGGAGUCGUUUCAGCACCUGAUCGAGGUCGGAGCUGUUGACGACCAGUUCAGGCCAACUCCGUUCGGUUGCCUCUUGCAGAAAUGGCCCGCUGAACCGGAAUUGGGCCUCCUCGUGUGGAGCGGCCUCCGCUUCGGCGCCCUGGAUGCUUGCACGGUGCUCGCAGGGGUGGUGCAGCGUGGUUCCCCAUUUCUUCAGGAUGCAAGCUUCCGCCCCUUCGAAGCUCGUCAAGUCGUCGACGUCCGGCGUGCCUGCUGCCCAGACUCCGAUUUGCUGGCAGGCUUGCGGGCGUUUGACGCGUGGCAGGAGUUUCUCCGCGGGCACAAAGGGCGACCAAUCCCAUCUGUGAAGGAGGAGGCGGCUUGGUGUUGGAACCAUUACUUGUCCCUGAAUGUGUUGCAAGAGAUCCAGGAGAUGCAGUGCCAGAUCCAGGGCGUGCUUGCAGAGCUUGGCUGGGUGGAGAGCACUUGCACAGAGCAGUUGAAGAAGAUCAUGGGCCUCCGCAGGUCGCAGCACCUCCGAAUGCAGUCGGCUGGGAAGGCAAUGCCGCACGGCAGCGAGACCUCUUCUCGCGAUCCAGCUCGAAGUUUGGAGAGUCUCGUGGGCAAGUACGAUCCUGAAGACCUCCGGCUGUUAGUUGCACGAUGGUGCAUUGGGGUUGCUUUUCUGCCGAACGCUGUGGGGAUAAAAGGAGCACCGAGCAAAACUGUCAAAUACAGAUGCAAGAGAUCCGGGUCUGGCGGCUCAAGAUUGCCCAAUUUCUUGAGCCGAGAGUUGGGCUUGCAGAUACUUCAAAGUAGCGAGAGGGAGACCACAUUUGUCUCUGCUUCUGAGGCCCAACGCGCUGUGCAGAUGGGAAACGUUGCUUGGGGGCAGGGAUUCCCGUACAACAAGAAACCAGAACUUUCAUGUCGCCCAAUCGUAACGGCAUGUUGCCAGUGCUACCGCCGACAAGCAGAUGGUGUCAUUGUGGGUUCUGACAGCGUGUGCAUGCCCGUCGCGGAACCGCCAGUGGUGUUAGUUGGUGCUAGUAUGUUGUUUGUCGAGGGGAAGAAGAGCUCUCAUCUCAUGUGCUCUCAGAUGACUGCUAUCCCAGAGCAGCUGUUCGGCUCGCUGCUUGCUAUGCGGCCGAACCAAAGCCAGAGUGGAUGCAAAGUCACAGCCAAUGUGCGCGGCAUGCCAGAGCAACGCGAGUUGCCCAGCCAUCACCUGGAGCUGCUUCGACAGCUAAUUGGCUCGGCUGCGAACCGCUCCCAGUUCUCUCAUUGUAGCAGCUCUGCCUUUGGUCAAAGUAGCGGCGCAGGAGUCCAGACCAAGGUGGCGACGCAACCCACACCAGCGCUUGCGGCCGCCCAUGCCAAGGCGAUGAUGCAGCAGAGUCAGACAGCCUCUGACUUAGUCGCCCGUCUGAUGAAGCUUGCCGAGGAGGAGUCGAUCAGAGCCAGGCCGUUGCCCCCGGUCACGUGCUCGCUGAUAUGCGUGCGCAGGGACAUGUAUGGCAGACUCAUCGGCAAGGGUGGCGAGAACAUGAAAUUGUUACGAAAAAUGUAUCCAGAUGUAAGCAUAGACGUACCGAAGGCAGGAGAUGGCGGCCACCCGUCUCUUGAAGGUCCCGAGGACAAGGUGAUGUCCGCAGCGCAAUAUAUUCUUACGAGCUUGGGCUUGCAACAGUACAUCCCUUCGAUCGUCGUGGAAAGAACUAUGUGA